AUGGACUGCGCCUGCGUGUCCGACCUGCUCCUCACGGCCCCGGUCCCGCGGCUCUGGACCCCAGGGUUCGCGUUCCCCGAGUGGGCGUACAAGGCGGAGUCGAGCCCCGGCUCGCGGCAGAUCCAGCUCUGGCACUUCAUCCUGGAGCUGCUGCGGCAGGAGCAGUACCGCGAGGUCAUCGCCUGGCAGGGCGACUACGGCGAGUUCGUCAUCAAGGACCCCGACGAGGUGGCCCGGCUGUGGGGGGUGCGCAAGUGCAAGCCCCACAUGAACUACGACAAGCUCAGCCGCGCCCUCAGGUAUUACUACAACAAGCGGAUCCUGCACAAGACCAAGGGCAAGCGCUUCACCUACAAGUUCAACUUCAGCAAGGUGGUGCUGGUCAACUACCCCCUCCUGGAACUGGGGGGGGGGGCUCCGCUCCUGCUGACCCCCGGGCCCUGCCCCGCCGCCGCCCCCGGCCCCGAGUGCGCCCCCAUCACCCCCGAGACGCUGCAGUCGCUGUUCUGCGCCCCCCGCCCCGCCGACCCCCCCGGGCGCCCCCCCCUCUUCGAGAGACCCCCCGAGACCCCCGAGAAGCUGCGGCUGGAGGCAGCUGUGCCCUUCCUGGGCUCCGGUCUCUCGGGGUACUCGAAGGCUCCGGCGCUUUUGGGGGGAGGGGGGCUACGGGCGGCCCCCCCUCCCCGAGUACCCCUGGGGGGUGGGGGUCGUACCUGCCUGGGGCGCUGCCGCUGCCCCCCCCCCGCCAAGCUGCCCCCCCCGGCCGCGCUCUAUCCCCCCCCCUUCUACCUGCCGCCCCCUCCCCCCGCGCCCCCCGCGCCCCCCGCGCCCCCCCACGCCGGAGGGGGAGCAGGGGCGGUGGGGGAGGGGUCGGACUCGGAGCUGGAAGUGACGGACGGGGGGGGGGCGAGCUCGGGGGACGAGGCCGAGACCCCUCCCCCGCCCCAGAGCCCCCCCCCAGCGCAGCCCCCCGCCCGCGGGAAGGGCCCCGCCCGUACCUGA